AUGUAUAAAAUCUUAUUAGUUGUAAUCAAUUUUGUGAUAUUAUUAAGCAAAUGUGAAGUGAAUUUAAGUGCAAGAACUAGACAUUUAUAUUAUAAAACCUAUGGAAAUCUUAUCAUUGCAAAUCAGCAACAUACAAGUUUAAAACCAGGUGAUACGGUGAUGGAAACCAAAGUGACCAGUCCUUUAUUGAGCAUGAACGAUCCAACUUCUAAUAGUAUGAAUAAAAACAUAAUCGACUGGUUUCUAGGGGCGGUCGGAUUAAAACCCCCUGAAAACACUAAUAAACCGCCUCAGAACAAUCCUAAUUUAAAGUGUUCACAAUGCACUUGUGGUGUAGCUCUUAAACAUAAACGAAUCGUCGGAGGUAUAGAAACCCUAGUAAACGAAUACCCUUGGAUGGUAGCCCUCCAUUAUAAUAACAGAUUCUAUUGCGGAGCCUCCCUAAUCAACAACAAAUAUUUAUUAACAGCCGCACAUUGCGUUAAUGGUAAAGAAAGGCUCUCAGCAAUAUUCCUAGACCACGACAGAUCAAAUUCCUAUGAAACCACGACGUUUUCCAGAAAAGUUAAGAACAUUUUGAAGCAUUCGAGUUACGCCCAAGGCGGCAACUACAAUAACGAUAUCGCUUUGUUGCGAUUGGACGAAGAAGUGUCUUUGGCUGAUAUGACUAGGCCUGUUUGCUUGCCACCUGUAGGUAAAAGUUUUACAGGACUGAAUGGUAAGAAUAAAUAA